AUGCCUAUUCCUGUGCAGCGAAGCGUUCAAUUGAAUGCUGCACACAGCGUAUCUGCACAACCUGCUGGGCCUGACCGCCACAGUAAACGUACACGCGAAAUACCCUUGAUUCACCCGUACUUUCUGAUCAGUUUGGAAAUUAUGACGUGUUUGUCCCCGUAUUAUUUCUCACAACAAGGAAUCAGCAAUCGCUGCGUUGUCGUAUGGGCUGGUCUCUUGUUGUUGCGGGCCAGCACUUUAUCGUUAUUACAGGUGCACAUGACGGGCAAUGGUACAUAUUUAGCCUGUUCCGGCGUAAUCAUAGAAAAAAUGGUUGCCCUACCCAGAAUGAAAAAAAUAUGGACGGACGGCUGCUUCGACCUGUUUCACUUCGGACACAGCAAUGUUCUGAGACAGGCCAAAGAGCUUGGCUCGUAUCUCGUUGCAGGGGUGCACUCAUCCGUGGAAAUCACCCAAAACAAGGGAUUGCCCGUGAUGAACGAUGACGAGCGUUACUUCAUUGUACAAUCGUGCAGAUGGGUAGAUGAGGUUUAUCCGGACGCGCCGUUCAUUACAUCGUGCGAUCUUGUGCUAUCGAAGGGCAUCGAUCUCGUUGUGCACGGUAAUGACUCCAUCGAGAAUGCGGACGGCGUGGAUUGCUACGGUGAGGCAAAAGCAAGGGGCAUAUUCAAAACAGUUGAACGAACACUGCACAUUUCUACAACUGGAUUGGUUGGUCGCAUGCUUCUCAGGCGGCGAUCAAACGGAAACUGGAACGGCGCCGAGAACAGUGUCUCGCUUGAACCGGGUGUUUCUACUGCUCUGCAGUCUAGCGUUCCUGUCAAAUCGGGUGUGGAUGAUGAAGGCAACCGCCAAGUGUACCUCAAGGGCCUGUUAGAAAAGUAUGAAAUUCCUGAGCGGAGGAACAAGGGAAAAGUGGUGUACAUCGAUGGUACAUUCGAUCUAUUCCAUGCAGGACAUGCCAGUAUCUUGAAAAAGUGCAGAGAGAACGGCUGGUACACGAUCUUAGGUCUGUUCAACCAGUCAACCUCGCACAAACUCAAGCGCGUGAGCCCCAUCAUGUCAUUGGUGGAAAGAGAGCUGUGCGUGUCUGCGUGCAAAUACGUGAGCAAAAUUAUCAGAGGUGCACCGUUAGUACCAGACAAAGACUUUAUCAGGCAUCAUGGGAUUGAUAUCAUCGUUUGCGGUGCAAACGAUACUUCGCUCGAUAAUUACCACUUAGUCAGGGACAUGAUUGAGUUGAAAAUUGUGGGAAGCGAUUUUCCCGAGUUGACCAGCACAUCUAUCAUACAGAGGAUCAUCGGCAAUUACUACGGCUAUCAAGAACGGAACAGUAAAAGGUGUUAGAUCAUGGUAAAAUACCUUUGUUAAGAACAAUUUCACGGUACAGCGUGUUUUUUACUCGUAAGUUUAUCCGCAGUAUGGCAUGUUAUACCGGUUCGCUCAACAUUUUUGUGCCGUGAAUACCUCAUGCAACCUUUUGCCGUGUUAAUGGUCCAACG